AAAUACAAAUUGAGAGUCAAACAAUUCCAACCCCUGCCUAGACUGUCAAAUUGUAAAGCUGGCAGCUAGCAAAGCAAGUCAAUUAAGAGCCGAGGAACCAGCGAAAGCCAAUACAGAGAGAAAGAGAGACAGAGAGAGAGAGAGACAUUGAGAGAGAGCGAGAUAAACGAUGGAUUUCAUGCCGAGGCUCUCCUGGCUGCUGUUGAUUUUUACGCUCUUUCUGCUGCUGUUCGCGCUGAUCGGGGGCAAGGAGGAGGGCCAGACGUCGGAGUUGACUCGCCACAAUCGUGACGGGCCAGCCUUCAAGUCUCACGUGAGCAAGCGGCAAGGCGCUGUCUUGGGCGACGAGAAUGCGGCAGCCCUGGACGAUGAUGGCGACGACGUGGAGUGGGAUGCGGAGCAGAAGCAUCACAUCAGCAUUCAGACGACCAAUGUGGAUGAGGAGGAGCGCAAGGAGCGGGAGAAGGAUCGCGAGGUCAAGCAGGCGCUCAUGCAGAUGAUGAAGCUCACCGAGAAUAAAGUUGCAAACAGACAUCAGGAACGUUUCGAUAAUGUGCCCGGCCUGGACUUUAGGCGCGAAUUCGCCAGCGACGAGGCCAAUCCCUACAUCUAAUCGGAACGCACCUUGAACCCCUUUACAGUUCAGGAACGAGAUGCGAGCAAUUUAUAU